AUGGCCGUUCCAAGUUGUGCUAAGGUUUUCCCCGCCUUCGAAUGCCGAUCUGAUCCUGAAUUUUCCGGAAGCUUCCGUGCUGAAUAUCCUCGCUGCGCCAGGCGCCACUCGCCGCCGAUCGGAAAAUCUCUCGCCGCCCCUUUUGGUGGCCUCUCUUCUCUGAUCUUCAAGUUCCCUCCGAAUUUCGAGCGCCAGCUUAGCACCAAGGCCAGGAGGAACUGUAGCAACAUCGGCGUCGCUCAAGUGGUGGCUGCCUCGUGGUCCACCGAUCCAGCUGGCGCCGUUCCUGCAUUCGCCGCCUCGGCCGCCGGUGCUCCUUCAGCCAAUAUUCCAGUCGAUGUGGAGCAGUCUACGGUGGUUAAUGGUGGUCAUGCUUCUAACAUUAAUGAUGUACAGUUUUCUGACCUCUUCGAUUCGGAGGCAGCCUCAUUUUUGCGCUCUGAUGGGAGCAUCGCGAUUCAUGCUGGUGAAAGAUUAGGGCGUGGCAUUGUUACUGAUGCAAUCACCACUCCAGUUGUUAACACCUCUGCUUACUUCUUCAAGAAAACUUCUGAGCUUAUUGACUACAAGGAGGGACGGCAUGCAAGUUUCGAAUAUGGGCGCUAUGGAAAUCCUACUACUGUUGUUUUGGAGGAGAAGAUAAGUGCCCUUGAGGGGGCUGAAUCAACACUAGUAAUGGCAUCGGGAAUGUGUGCCAGCACCGUUAUGUUGAUGGCACUUGUUCCAGCUGGUGGGCAUAUUGUUACAACCACUGAUUGCUACAGGAAGACAAGGAUUUUCAUUGAAACUAUUCUUCCCAAAAUGGGAAUCAAGGCCACUGUCAUUGAUCCUGCAGAUAUGGAUGCAUUAAAAUCUGCUCUUGAUAACAAUGAUGUUACCCUUUUCUUUACAGAAUCACCUACAAAUCCAUUUCUCCGCUGUGUUGAUGUUGAAUUGGUUUCAAAGGUUUGCCAUAGUAAGGGAGCAUUGGUCUGCAUUGAUGGGACAUUUGCAACACCUUUGAACCAGAAGGUCCUUGCUCUUGGUGCUGAUAUUGUUCUCCACUCAGCAACAAAAUAUAUUGCAGGUCAUAAUGAUGUAGGUAUAUUUGUAAUUUGCAUCUAUUCCAAGGCACAUAAACUUCUUUUGGUACAUGUAAAACAAAGAGCUUUGAGCUCUAGUGUUUUGUCUAAUAAAGCAAUCCAAUGCUUGUCUCAGGUCCUUGCUGGUUACAUCAGUGGUUCUGAGAAACUUGUCUCUCAAGUUCGUACUCUUCAUAACAUUUUGGGUGGUGUUCUUAAUCCAAAUGCUGCAUACCUAAUAAUUCGAGGCAUGAAGACGCUGCAUCUUCGUGUACAGCAGCAAAAUACUACAGCAUUAAGGAUGGCCAGACUUCUAGAGGGACAUCCUAAGGCAAGAUUUGCUGCAGCUUCAGUUGAUUUCGCUAAUGUUAUUAAACCAUUGUUGGAAGUUUUGAGAUAUUUCUCUCUUUCUUCUCCUGUCUUAUCAGGUGUAUCUUGUGUUUACUAUCCUGGUCUUGUCAGUCACCCUGAGCAUUCUAUUGCCAAGAAACAAAUGACUGGUUUUGGUGGGGUGGUUAGCUUUGAGGUUGAUGGGGACUUGAUGACUACUGCAAAGUUCAUAGAUGCUUUAAGAAUCCCUUAUAUAGCUCCUUCAUUUGGAGGCUGUGAGAGCAUUGUAGAUCAGCCUGCAAUCAUGACCUACUGGGAUCUUAGCCAAAUAGAGAGAGCUAAGUAUGGAAUUAAGGACAAUUUGGUUCGAUUUAGCUUUGGCAUAGAAGACUUUGAAGACUUGAAGGCUGAUAUCCUUCAGGCCUUGGCAAUUAUAUAG